AUGGCCGGUGCUUUCUCCAAAGCGCUCAAGGAGCUGCGGUUCCUCCACUGCCAGACCAGCGAACACUCCAAUGCCGUCAGGUACGAUCCAGAGGCGACCUCCAGAGCUUCAAUGGGCCCGGAAUCUCGCAUCUAACACGUUCACCAUCUCAGAUCAUUCCUCACACGCUCAUAUCCGACGAUGAAGAAGAACAACCCACACACACCAAUCAUGAUCCGAGAAGCACUGGGAAUUGAGCCGAGAGUAUACGCGCGAUACGAGUUUGGACGAGAAAAGGUGGCAGAUUUGAAGGGUAGGCUACAUCGACAAGUUGCGCAGGCGCGACACUGACAAUGUGGAUGUAGGACUCGACGAUAAAGCGAUCGAGGACAAGGUCUCGUCCCUGGUGCAGGGCGAGGCAUAA